GGCCACCAAAGAGAACGAUCCUGAACAGUGAAUGGGCGUGGAGGUUUCGCACCGAGUUUCAGUUGCCGCUCUCUCAGUUCUCGGCUGCACCAUGAAGGAAAUAAGACGAGAGGAGAAGAGAAGAGGACACUACCAAAACUGCUACAAAACAUGUCAGACUCACCUCACACCUGCGUGACGGUGGACGAGGAGACGCCGCUGAAAACCGUGCCGGGGUCAGGUGACCAAGUGGAGGGCGGCCACCCGGCCGCGGCGGUGGUGGUGCACAGGGCGCCCCGCUUCCAAGACAAGCACCACAGGUGGCUGGCCAUCUGCAGCAUCAUUUGCGGGAUCUCCUGCAUCGGAAUCAAAGCGCUCAUCAACUCGGUGAAGGCGGAGUGGGAGCCAAAUGAAGACGCGUCCCAGAGGUUUUCACGGCGGGCCAGGAAGUUCGCCAUCAUCUCCAUCGUCACGUGGUUCUCCAUCCUGGCCUUGGCGCCGCUCCUGAUGGCGCUCGGCUCGUACUUGGUCACGCUGCAGGACUGAGGCGCCGACCGACGCUUGUUUGAGGUGGGGGGGGUGGGGGGGUGGGGGGACCUAAAAGUGGACCUUAGAGGAAACACAUGACUGCUGCAGACUUGUACAAAACGUGUUUAUAGGCUGAUAUUUAUUUAUUUUCCACCGUGGCGACCCUCGCCAAGUUAAACGUCCGUAUAAAACCACACACACACACACACACACUGACAGUGAAUGCAACAUGACCGUAUGCAUUCAAACGUAACAAUACUGAAGGUUGUAGAAAAGCUAAUAAAUAAGUCAAGAUGGCAGCAACACGAGCGCCAACAUUAUUAUUGCAUCCUUACUUUAUUAACUGUAUCAACGUUGUGCUUUUAUACAAAAACUAUUUUAUAAUAAAUGCUUUAAAAAAAAACGUUGUGCUCGGGAGUCACUUGAGGAACGGCGAAGACGCUAAUGCUGACAGUUAAGGUGGGCAUCGACGCCCCGGGCACUGAGCGACGACCCAAGCACGGCGGCCAUGACACGUGCGCAGCGUCGCAACUGGUUUGCGGCGAUGUUGCAAUAAAUAAGAGCUGCCAUUACCGUCUACCGUCGUUACCAUGACGACCGCACAGCAUCGUCCUUCCGCGGUCGGAACACUGACUAGGACAGGAAGAACGUGGACGAAUACAAAUACAGCGCCGAAGGCUUCCUGUGUGGUGAUGUGUUCAGGGAACAUUGAAAAAAAAAAAAAAACAAGCAGCCCUUGUGAAUAAAAAAAACAAACAUGUCAGGAGUCCACCUGGUCGUGGAUCAGCCACAAGUUGAGCUGGUCCAGCUUGGCACAGAGAAGCGAGUCUGCGUCCGGCGCCAGGAGAGCGACGACGCCGCCGUCUUUGGCGAAGGCUCCCCUCCUGGUGCGUGACGACGGCGUCGACGCCCCGGGUUUGCCGACGCCCACCAGUGGCUUCUUUGGUUUCCUGGCCUCACCCGCCUCCAGGAACUCCAAAAAGCGCUUGAAGCGCCGCUGGCUGAAGUGGGACUCGGAGCCAUUGCGGCGACUGAGCGGAACCUCGAAUAUGGUCUCCAGCCGGCUGAGGAACAUCGAUAAGAUAAGCAGCACACACAAAAAAAAAUGAGGUCCGGUGGAAGUGGAACACUUAGAAGUGGACCGAACUAUUAUGGUAUGGAGGAAAAUGUGUAGUAACGUACAGUACAUCAUGUUUGGACUCACCUUUCAGGAGGUUUGCUGAAGUUCUUGUUGGUGUAAAUUUCCUCCAGACUAAACUGCUUCUUCUUCAGCCUGCGGUGGUGGAGGUGGCGGGGGACAAAAUGUAAAUAAAAAGAGAGAAUAAAAUAAAACCAGCGUGAAGACAAGGACAAGAUGGCCGCGUGAGCGCGUGCGUACGCACCUGACGGGUUUCGGGAGGCCCAUGGGCGUCAGGUUGUUCUGAGGUUUGGGCAGCGCCUUCCGAAUUCGAAUGGAGGACACCUUGCCCCGCUCCGAGUGCUUUUGCGCCACCUGCGGGAGGGCAAUUUAACAACGGUCAUUUCAUGACAGAGAUGCCCUGACCAAGAUGGCGACAUGGAGAUCGAAACUAGCCGUGGGCUAGUUAGAGACGUUAGGGAAACAGGCCAUAGUUUGUUGGUUUUGUUGACUAUUUUUGUGCAAAAAAAAAAAUGUGCACAUUUUGUCACCUGCUGUGGAGGAUCUAGGUUAAUAAUCCCAGGCUUUUACUGUGAAGCUUACUUUGCACUGAACAGGAAGUGACUGUGUGCACACUGUAAUGCUGUGGGACUCGCUGUGGUGGUUUCAUUUCAUAUCCGUUAUUCCGUUAUUAAAGACACGCCUACCUUGAGUCCAGAGUCGGACUUUUCUUCCCUCAGUGCUGCGUCGUCGAACUCCUGACUGGAGGAGCUGGCGUCCUCUUCCUCGCGCUGAUGCCCCCCGUUAGACUCCCGUAGAUUCACGCUGCCAAGAGAUGCCGCGUCAUUUUAAAUAAACAUGAUCAUGUGAUGUUUAGAGGUUACCUGGCGUUGGCGUCCGUGGCCCCGCAGGUGGGACUCCUGAGGGACGGUGAAGAAGAAGAAGAAGAAGAUGGGGUGUGGCUCGAUAUGGCGAGGCCGGGGGACGCUCCGCGGGCCUCCCCCCUCCCUGAGAGGAAGGCCAGGGGGCUGGAGAGGAAGCAGGAAGC